CAAGUGUUGGUUUCCGAGUAGUAGUAGUAGCAGCAAAUCUGGAUGUUAUUGUCGGUGUGAAUCUGGAUUUCGAAAUAUGAGAAACGUUAAUAAUAGCGUUGAGACUGUUAACGCCGCCGCUACCGCCAUCGUCACCGCCGAGUCUCGAGUUCAGCCGUCGUCUGUUCAGAAGGGAAGAUGGGGAAAAUGUUGGAGCUUAUAUUCGUGUUUUGGAACUCAAAAGAACAAUAAAAGGAUUGGUAAUGCUGUGCUUGUACCUGAAACUGUUGCAUCUGGAGUUCCGGUGGUUACUGUUCAAAACUCAGCUACUUCAACUACAGUUGUUCUUCCAUUUAUAGCUCCUCCUUCAUCUCCAGCUUCGUUUUUGCAAUCCGAUCCUUCAUCGGUUUCUCAUUCGCCUGGUGGUCAACUUUCUCUUACUAGCAAUACUUUUUCCCCUAAGGAGCCUCAAUCGGUCUUUACCGUUGGACCGUAUGCUAAUGAAACUCAACCUGUCACUCCGCCGGUGUUCUCUGCGUUUAUAACUGAGCCAUCUACUGCACCGUAUACUCCACCUCCGGAAUCAUCGGUUCAUAUAACUACGCCUUCUUCACCUGAAGUGCCCUUUGCUCAGUUGCUUACAUCUUCUUUGGAGCUAACUCGGAGGAAUAGUAGUAGUGGGAUGAAUCAAAAGUUCUCGUCGUCACACUAUGAGUUUCGGUCUAAUCAAGUGUGUCCAGGGAGUCCUGGUGGUGGUAAUCUAAUCUCCCCCGGGUCAGUGAUUUCAAACUCUGGUACAUCUUCUCCUUACCCUGGUAAAUCACCCAUGGUCGAGUUUCGAAUAGGCGAGCCUCCAAAGUUCCUGGGUUUUGAGCACUUCACAGCUCGUAAAUGGGGAUCAAGGUUUGGUUCUGGAUCGAUCACACCUGUUGGGCACGGUUCAGGGUUGGCUUCAGGCGCUCUGACACCAAAUGGUUUAGAGAUAAUAUCUGGAAACCUAACACCCAGCAACACCACAUGGCCUCUUCAGAAUCAGAUCUCUGAGGUCGCGUCUCUAGCCAAUUCAGAUCACGGCUCUGAAGUCAUUGUAGCAGAUCACAGAGUUUCAUUUGAGUUAACAGGCGAAGACGUUGCACGUUGUCUUGCAAGCAAGCUAAAUCGAUCACACGACAGAAUGAACAACAAUGACCGAAUCGAAACAGAGGAGAGUUCAUCAACAGACAUAAGAAGAAACAUGGAGAAAAGGUCAGCAGAUAGAGAAACCGAACAGCAGAGAAUUCAGAAGCUGAAUUCCUCAUCGAUUGGAUCUAGCAAAGAAUUCAAAUUCGACAACACGAAAGACGAGAAUAUCGAAAAGGUUGCAGGAAACAGCUGGAGUUUCUUCCCGGGGUUACGAUCUGGAGUCAGCUAACCAAAUAAAAACGACGUCUCUUCUUCUUCUUCUUCUUCAAUCAUUACCAAAGACAGAUAUAAAAACCCUAUAAGUAACAAACCUUGAACAUGGAUCGUGAAAAAAGGUAAGAGAUUUGGGUUCUAACAACUUAUACACACUGAAUAAAUAAGCUAAAGCUUUCGUUUGCUAUUAACUUCUGUACUCAUGUAGUUAGGAACUUUGGAAUAUUCUUGGAUCAGCUCCUACAUCUAAUCUUGUUACAUUGAUAUAAAUUUUUAUUUCUUUU